GUAGUGUCGUCAGCCUGCGUUUCCUAUCGAUACGUUAACACAGAUCUGACAACUUAGUGACGGGCUACGCUUUGUGCACCUGAACUCAAACAGCGCGGUAGAUGGUUUGAAAGUCAGCGGCGUGUUUCUCCACUCCUCCUCUUGAAUUCAGACAUGGCUGACAAGAAACCUCCUCCAGAGUCUAACGCUCCUUUUGCACAGAGGAUAGAUCCGAAUAAAGAGGAUCUUUCUGGCGAACAGAUGUACUUUGUCAGACAAGCAGAGCUCAAGCAGUGGAAGAGGAAAACGCCACAGCUCCGUGUGCGAAAUAUUGUGACAGGACUCGCCAUCGGUGCGGUCGUGCUGGGAAUUUAUGGCUACACAUUUUUUUCAGUAUCCCAGGAACGGAUCAUGGAUGAGCUCGACGAGGAGGCCAAGCGUGCAAGGCUGCGGGGACCAAAGACUGGAGCCAACUGAGUCGGGCGUUGAUGGGACCCGUGUGUUCAUCCUGCACUUAACCAGAGCAGACAGAUGAUGUCGCUGGUUCUAUGCCUGGACUCACGGACUCAGAGGGGGAAUGAUGGGGUUGCUUUUGUUGAAUUUAACAUUUGACAUGUCUUGAUCUUUAUUAGACCUCCUUUCAGUGGAAGGGACUAAUCAGAUGACCCCAGCAUGUUCCACUUAGCUCCAACUGUUGCUUUAUCGCCGCCUAUAAGUUGAAGUUUCCAGCUUUGUGCACACAAUGCGAGGAAAAUUCAAACUGUGGAACUUUAAAAUCUGCAGCGGCCUUCAACAAAAGAGUUACCAGUGACACUAGAAGGAAAACACAUUCAUCAGUCUGGUUAAAUUUGUUGUUUAUGUUGUUGAAGUGUGAAUUUGAAUUAAAUGAACCUGACCGGA